AUGUAUUAUACGAAUAAUUUCAAGGAUUACGGUCACAACACCGCGAAUGCUUCGUUCUAUGGCUCCACGUUCAACUAUCCCACGUACGACUACUCAUCGCCAUUGAUACCACGAGUUCCGGGUUCAGCCGCGCCAUCAGGCGCCGGUGCUGGCGCCGGCGUCGCCUGCUCCACCAGCACCUCCGCUGAAGGACGAGAAUGCGUGAAUUGCGGCGUACAAGCCACCCCACUUUGGCGACGGGACGGCACCGGUCACUACCUCUGCAACGCCUGCGGACUCUACCACAAGAUGAAUGGUCAAAAUAGGCCGUUGGUGAAGCCAAAGAAAAGACAG